GUCAGUCGGUGAGCGACCAGCGACCAGUUCGGUACGAUGUGGGAGGCACCGACCGACCGUCAGACCAAGGUCGGAGCCCACGCCGCACUCAGCCCUCUGACCAGGGUGCCAGCGCCCCCGCCUGCCCCCCCACACUACUUCUCGCAGGUCCAAUGCGGCCAUGAAGGAGCAGCAGGAAUUUUCAAACCAUGUGAACAUCUGAACUUAAUCUCAGCAGCACUAGCCGUGUCACUUGGUCCAUUCGCAGCAGGGCUGGGGAAAGGCUACAGUUCUCCAGCGAUAGCCUCGAUACAGGAGAAACAACAGUAUGCCAUCCACACGGGUAACUAUAGCGGGGCCUUCGUGGUGAGUCCGCAACAACAGUCAUGGGUGGCGAGCCUCUCACUGCUCGGGGCUCUGUUCGGAGCAAUCUUCGGCGGCAUCGCCAUGAAAUUCGGCCGCAAACGAGUCCUCGUCUUCACCUCCAUCCCCUUCUCCGCCUCCUGGCUCGUCACCGUGUUCGCCAACAGUGUGGAGAUCAUGUUCGCCACGGGCUUCGUCGGAGGAUUCUGCUGUGCUAUUGUUCUCUUGGUAUCUCAGGUGUAUAUAAGUGAGAUAGCAGGUCCUGACAUUCGAGGGUGCCUGAGUGCCGUACUUAAGAUAUUUGGCCACAUCGGUGUGCUUAUAAGUUUCGCAGUGGGGGCUUACUUGGAUUGGAGGCAACUGGCAUUCGUUGUGGCUGGGGCCCCACUCAUGCUGCUGAUGAGCAUUUUGUAUAUCCCAGAGACACCAAGCUACCUGGUGUUGUCUGGAAGGGAACAGGAGGCGGCAAAGGCUCUGCGUUGGCUGCGUGGCCCUCACGCAGAUAUCCGGCCUGAGCUAGCCACUCUGCGCGACAACGUGCUGGCCAGCCGAACCUUUCGACCAUCAUCGAAGCAGAGCCUCUCUGUGGUUCUACAUCCCAUCCUCAUCACCUGCGGCCUCAUGCUGUUCCAACGAUUUUCUGGAGCGAACGCUUUUAACUUCUACGCUGUGUCCAUCUUCAGACAGACGUUUGGUGGGAUGGAUCCCCAUGGUGGGGCUGUGGCUGUAGCCUUUGUCCAGCUGCUUGCUUCACUGCUGUCUGGUCUCCUAAUAGACACCGUGGGACGUCUACCUCUCCUGAUAGCAAGUAGCGUGUUUAUGUCUAUUGCGCUCGCCGCCUUCGGCUCAUUCGCAUAUUACGAACACAUCCACCGAGACCGUGUGGCAGCGCAGUACGAUUGGAUCCCAUUGCUGUGUGUGUUAGUGUUCACCAUCGCCUUCUCCAUGGGCAUCAGCCCGAUAUCGUGGCUUCUCAUCGCAGAACUGUUCCCUCUCGAGUACCGAGGGCUCGGCAGUGCUCUCGCCACAUCUUUCAGUUACGCUUGUGCUUUCAUCGGUGUCAAGACCUUUGUGGAUUUCCAAGAGCUGUUGGGUUUACACGGUGCUUUUUGGCUGUAUGCAGCAAUAUCCGUCUGCGGCCUCUGUUUUAUUGUCUGUUUUGUCCCUGAAACAAAGGGGAAGGGCCUGGACGAGUUGGACCACAGGUACGUGAGAGCCUAGCAAGUCCACCCACCAACGCACAACUGAUGUGCUCCUGUGCCUUGUUGUUAAUGGUCUCUGAAGGCCUCUUCCAUGUUACUUCCUCGGUGAUACACUGCUUCAUUAUUGUAAGCGAUGUUUUUUGUGAGUCAUAUCACAACGAUACAAAAUGUUGAGGCAUUUUGUUGUUUUGUAAAGUAGGCUAGUAUUAUUUCUGUUGUAUAGAAGUGUUUUAUUUAUUUUUAGUUCUGUAGGUUCUUUAAUAAGGAUUUGUUUUAGAAUUGUAAUAAUGAUAGAAAGAGUAUUGUAAAUACUACUUUGAAUAGUCUUUAUUCAGAACAGUAUAUAGAUAUAUA